AUGGCGCCGAAACAACGUUCCGCCGACUCAAGCGCUCGGUCGUCGACGCCUUCACGAGCUGCCAAGGCAAGCAGCAGCAGCAGCAGCAACACGAGUGCCCCGGCCAUUGUGCAGGGCGUAUGGGAUAAAUACGUUUCCAAGACGCCGCAGCGCACAAAGCUGCUGGAUGUGUUUCUCGUGUUUCUGAUGGCGGUCGGCGCGCUGCAAUUCGCCUAUGUGGUUCUAGUUGGCAACUUUCCCUUCAACGCCUUCCUCUCAGGCUUCAGCGCAACAGUCGGUCAAUUCGUGCUCACGGCCUCGCUGCGCAUCCAGACGAACCAGGAGAACAAACAGCAUUUCGAGAGCAUCUCGCAUGAGCGUGCCUUUGCCGACUUUGUCUUUGGAAGCUUACUGCUGCACUUUUUCUGCGUCAACUUUAUCAACUAG